AUGAUUGCCGACGCGCUGGACAAGGUGGGGUCCAACGGCGUGCUGUCCAUCGAGAGCAGCAGCAGCACUGAGACGUUUGUGGAGGUGACUGAGGGCAUGGAGAUCGACCGCGGCUACAUCAGCCCCCAGUUUGUGACCAACAACGAGCGCCUGCUGGUGGAGUACGACAACUGCAAGGUGCUGGUGACGGACCAGAAGAUCGAGAGCGUGCGCGACAUCAUCCCCAUCCUGGAGCAGGUGACGCGCCUCAACGCGCCGCUGCUGAUCAUCGCGGAGGACGUCAGCGGCGAGGCCCUGGCCACCCUGGUGGUCAACAAGCUGAGGGGCAUCCUCAACGUCUGCGCCAUCAAGGCGCCCGGCUUUGGGGAGCGCCGCAAGGCACUGCUGCAGGACAUUGCCAUCGUGACUGGGGCCGAGUUCAUUGCCAAGGACCUGGGCAUGAAGGUGGAGUCCUCCGUGGUGGAGCAGCUGGGCACCGCCCGCAAGGUCACCGUGGCCUCCACCAGCACCACCCUCAUCGCGGACGCCGCCUCCAAGGACGAGAUUGAGAUGAGGAUCGCGCAGCUCAAGAAGGAGCUGUCAGAGACCGACUCGG